UCUCCGAGGCAAAAUGCGCAUCGAUAUUUGGAUUUUCCGAAUACUACCGCUGAUACUCUCAUUCUCUAUACCAAUUGCCUCUGCCCUCGCCCGCGCGGCUUGCCAAAUCAGCCUACCGGAGUGAAAACUAUCAGAACAGCUAAUAAUGUUACCAUCCAUUACAAAGAGCCUGGCAAGGAAGGUGUCUGCGAAACUACCCCUGGUGUCAAGUCUUAUGCAGGAUAUGUUGACUCUUCUCCGCAAUCACACACUUUCUUCUGGUUCUUCGAGGCACGCCACGAUCCAAUGAAUGCGCCCAUUACGCUAUGGCUUAAUGGCGGCCCUGGGAGUGAUUCACUGAUUGGGUUGUUUCCAGAGCUAGGUCCAUGUGCUAUUAACGACAAAUUUGAAAGCUACCUGAACCAGUAUUCUUGGAACGAGGUUUCGAAUAUGUUAUUCUUGUCUCAGCCUGUCGGUGUUGGAUUUUCAUAUGCGGAGAAAAGCGCUGGCUCCCUGAAUCCGUUGACGGGUGCCUUCGAGGGUGUAGAUUUUGCGGGUGCUCAGGGUCGUUACCCCGUGACAAAUGCGACGUCAAUCGAGGUUCAAUCUCUGGACAGAAAGCUAUGGAGGUUUUUCGACUACUUUUCUGAACAGAACCAAAAAAUCGCCAAUGGUACCACUGGGGGCGUUCAACUAGAAUUUCACACUCUCGGUAUCAUCAAUGGGUUGAUCGAUGAAGCGAUACAAGCCCCUUACUAUCCAGAAUUUGCACGCAACAACACCUAUGGCAUCAAAGCUGUCAAUGAGACUAUCUACAACUAUAUGAAGUUUGCAAAUGGGAUGAGAAAUGGCUGCCAAAGUCAAAUAGCAGCCUGCAAAGCCACCAAUCGUUCCUCACUAAUCGAUUAUGCACUCUGCUCAGAGGCAACAAACAUGUGCCGUGAUAACGUUGAGUAUCCCUACUACUAUUAUAGUGGGCGCGGUACCUACGAUAUUCGCCAUCCAUAUAAGGAUCCAACUCCCCCUCGAAAUUAUUUAGGCUAUCUUGCAAAGGAUUCUGUCCUGAAUGCAAUUGGUGUCGACAUCAAUUAUACCAGUUCAAACAAAGAGGUAUAUUAUGCCUUCCAACAGACAGGAGACUGGGUCUGGCCCAACUUUAUAGAGAACCUGGAAGAUGUACUUGCGCGUCCAGUCCGAGUGGCCUUGAUUUACGGUGACGCAGACUACAUUUGCAACUGGUUUGGCGGCGAGGCAAUUUCACUCGCAACCAACUACUCCCACAGCAAGGAGUUUCGGACCACGAGCUAUGCGCCUUUCCUGGUUGACGGGAUCGAAUAUGGGAUGACGAGAGAAUACGGCAAUCUCUCGUUCACUCGUAUUUAUGAAGCCGGCCACGAGGUUCCAUAUUAUCAGCCCAAGGCCGCACUGCAGAUCUUUAAUCGAACCUUGAAUGGGUGGGAGCUACCGGCAGGUGAUAGAAAGCUGGACCUGGGCCAGUGA